GCAAGAAAAUCAUGGAAUCGCAAAGCAAAGUGCAUGCUUCCAAAUUGCUUAGUGCUCAAACACACAUAUGGAAUCACAUUUUCAGCUUCAUAAACUCUAUGUCCCUUAAAUGCGCAAUUGACUUAGGCAUACCAGAAGUCAUUCACAACUAUGGCAAACCCAUGCCACUCUCACAACUUAUUGCUUCACUAUCAACCCACCCUUCCAAAACCUCCUUCAUCUACCGCUUGAUGCGAAUGUUGACCCAUUCUGGCUUCUUUACUCAACAGAAUACCAUCGAGAAUGAGCUAGAAAUGGGUUAUGUGCUCACUGAUGCAUCUUCCCUACUUCUGAAGGACAAUCCCUUAAGUCAAAGGCCUUUGUUGCUUGCCAUGCUUGAUCCAAUUUUGACUAUGCCAUGGCAACAGUUUCCUACAUGGUUUCAAAAUGAUGAUCCUUCGCCGUUUCAGAUGACACAUGGGAUGAAAAUUUGGGAUUAUGCUGGCCAUGAGCCAAGACUUAAUCACUGUUUCAAUGAUGCCAUGGCAAGUGAUGCUAGAUUGGUUGCAAGUGUUGUAAUUGAGAGGUGCAAGGGAGUGUUCAAUGGAUUGGAAUCACUUGUAGAUAUUGGGGGAGGAACUGGCACUAUGGCUAAGGCCAUUGCCAAAUCAUUCCCACAACUUGAGUGCACUGUAUUUGAUCUUCCACAUGUUGUUGCUGAUUUGAAAGGAAUUGACAACCUUAAAUAUGUUGGAGGAGACAUGUUUGAGUCAAUUCCUUCUGCUAAUGCCAUUUUACUUAAGUGGAUAUUGCAUGACUGGAAUGAUGAGCAAUGUGUGAAAAUAUUGAAGAAAUGCAAGGAGGCAAUCACUAGCAAAGGCAAAGAAGGAAAGGUGAUUGUAAUAGACAUGGUGAUGGAGAAUGAAAAGGAAGAUAAUGAAUCAAUUGAAACGCAGCUCUUCAUUGAUAUUCUGGUGAUGGUGUUGUACCCUGGAAAAGAGAGGAAUGAGAAAGAAUGGGCCAUGCUGUUUUUCUCUGCUGGUUUCAGUGACUACAAGAUAACUCCAAUGCUGGGCUUAAGGUCUCUCAUUGAGGUUUAUCCAUAGUAACUUUUUAUUUCUUAAUAAAGCCUAACAUCACCACUAGAAAAGUGGUAUGAGAGGGUCAUCACUCUUAAUUUUCAAUUUAUGCUCCUUUCAUUGUUUAGUAAUUCAUCUUGUCAACAUGUGUAAUCCCUAUAGGGUUUAAUAGUUUUGUUUUUCCUGUAUAAGUUUUUCUCUAUCACAUUCACAUAAAAGUGAGUGAGUCUCAUUAUAAAGAGAAGAGAUAAAAGAAAUUAAUAGGACUCGCCCACUUUUAUGUGAGUAUGGAAGAGAAAAAAUUUAUGCAAGCAAAAAUAUUUUUCCCAUCUCUGUAAU